UAAAGUAGACGGAUAGUAGUUGAUUUGAAACGCGUCCCUUUCACAACAGGAGCACCGCCUCCCACACAAAACUAGAGCUGUUGAUGCAGCGUUCAGUGUCUGAGUAGUACAGUGGGUUUAAAAUAAAUAAAAACAUCUAUAUAAUUUUUAUUUUAAUGAUGAGAACCGAGGCUCCGCUGUGGCAGCGCGUGCAGGCGUUUACCGGCCCCGUUCCUCGAGCAAGACACGGGCACCGAGCGGCCGCCAUACGGGAGCUGAUAGUGGUAUUUGGUGGUGGAAAUGAAGGAAUCGCGGAGGAGUUGCAUGUUUAUAACACAGUUUCCAGACAGUGGUUUCUUCCCGCAGUGAGAGGGGACAUCCCCCCUGGCUGUGCCGCACACGGUUUUGUGUGUGAAGGCACACGCAUCCUGGUGUUUGGAGGAAUGGUGGAGUUUGGACAGUACAGCAACAGUCUCUACGAGCUGCAGGCCAGUCGCUGGCUGUGGAAGAAACUGAAGCCGCGGCCACCGAAGAACGCUUUACCUCCGUGCCCUCGUCUGGGACACAGCUUCACUCUCCACGGCAACAAGUGCUACCUGUUUGGAGGGCUGGCCAAUGACAGUGAAGACCCUAAUGGCAACGUGCCACGAUAUUUGGAUGAUUUCUACGAGCUGGAGCUACAGACGCAGUCAGGAGUCAAAGGCUGGAUCAUCCCUGAAACAAAAGGAGGAGGUCCAUCGCCCAGGGAGUCUCACACGUGCGUGGCGUUUGGCGGAAAAAGUGGAAGCUGCCCAAAGCUUUUCAUUUUCGGGGGCAUGUGCGGGAAUAGACUAUCAGAUCUGUGGCAACUGGAUGUUGACACUAUGACCUGGUCGUUACCUAAAACUGCAGGACCCUGUCCUUCACCGAGAAGUCAACACUCUUCAAAUGUGAUUGGAAACCAGAUCUACGUGUUUGGUGGUUGGGUUCCUGCAGAGGAGAAGAACGCUGUAGGAGCAGAAUGGACCUGUACUAACUCUAUGUCAGUGCUAAACCUUGACACAAUGACGUGGCGUGGUCUGAACCCUGAGAGCCAACAACAGCGGCAGUCAGGCACAGUCAUGGAGGAGGAAGAGAAAGAGGAGGGUCAUAUCUGCUGGCCAAAAGCUCGCACUGGUCACUGCGCUGUAGCCAUCGGCACGCGCCUGUACAUCUGGAGUGGACGGGACGGCUAUAGGAAAAGCCGGAACUACCAAGUGUGCUUCAAAGACCUGUGGUAUUUGGAAACAGAGAAGCCAGCGACACCAGCUGCUGUGUUUUUGGUCAAGUCCACUAUCAGCAUGCUGCAUGUAGCCUGGCACCCUUUACCUGCAGCUGAGUGCUACCUGCUUCAGUUGCAGUACAUUGCUCCACCUCCCGCCUCCCAAACACAUGCCUCUGAUUCGCCAGACACCCUAACCCCACCCACCAGUCUGCCAGAGGGGGAGGAGCCUCUAUUGGGACCUACUCAUACACAGUCUGAACCGUGUCGCGGAAAUGGAAACCACGAGAGUUCAACACUACAGAGUUCACUUAGAAAUGGAACAAGACAACCUCACAGACACGCUGUCGUUCUGUGCCCGAGUGUAAACUCUGUUCUCACCUGCACCGAGCGGGAAAAUACACCGACUAAACACUGCGAGAGGGCUGGCGGUGGUGAAGCCAGAGCAGAGAACACAGAUAAACAGAACAAAUUAGACUUCAAUCCUGUAGCUGGCAUCAUCACGGAUGAGUCUGUAAAUAGGCAGCAGGCGGCCUCUUUGAGACCUGUGACAGAAGAAGCGAAUGAGCAGAAUGGGACUGAAUCUCAGCAGCGGCAAGAACAUGAAAAUCUACCCAACACUUCAGGACAGAGUGAAAGAGCUGAAGUCUCCACAUGGUUCAAUGUUGGUAUAUUUAAAACACUCUUCGCUGAGGUCACACACUACUAUCUACCCUCUGUGAAUGGGAGCACUGACCAAAUCUCCAGUGACAGCGAGUGGAAGAUGCCAGGACCUCACAGUUUUGAAGGACGGGAGAAGCAGGAGCUCGCAUCUAAUGUUACCUACCGGUUCAGAGUGGCAGGCCUAAACUGCUGUGGCCGAGGAGAAUUCAGUCCCAUUGGGGAAUUUAAAACGUGCCAUCCUGGAUUCCCAGAGGCACCUCCUGCUGUCAAGAUCACCAAGGCAUCUGAUUCAGUACACAUCACAUGGGAUUCGCCUUCCAAUGCAUCAGGGAAAAUUCAGGAAUAUUCCAUGUACCUGGCAGUGAAGAAGGCGCGAGGGAAUGCCUCGGAGAAGCCGGGAGAUCUGACCUUUAUACGCAUUUACCGCGGUGCCAAAACCUCAUGUACAGUGAAUGCUGCAAAUCUGAGUAACGCAUACAUCGACUGCUCUGCUCGUCCUGCCAUCGUGUUCCGCAUCGCCGCCAAGAACGAACGUGGCUACGGGCCCGCCACUCAGAUCCGUUGGCUACAAGAGAGCAAUAAAAUCAAAUCAGCAUUAAAACCAGACUCCAGCCCCACCGAUCGUGAACCAGACGACAUUAUUAGCUCAUGAUGGCUGCAGAGGAACCGUUCUCACUCUCAGAUCAGCUGAUAUUCACAGGAGCCAUCCAGUGUUUUAUGUUAUUUCUAACAUUCUGUUCAGUCUCAGCUACAGAUAACCUUUAUGUACACAAGUGCAUUUGCACUUGCUGUAAAUGUAUGUUUUCUAACUUAUUUUUUAUACUGUUGUUGUACAUAAACAUUUUUAAGAUGUUAUUUUUUCAUAUUAGUGUUUUAGCUAGGAUUAGUGUUUGUUUCCAAAUCUGCCUUUUUACUGGUGUAGGCAGAUACUAUUUUAUAUAUAUAUAUAUAUAUAUAUAUAUAUAUAUAUAUAUAUAUAUAUAUUUUUUUUUUUUUUUUUUUUCAUUUGAAACAUACCCUUCAAUAAUUUCCUGAAAAAACAAAGUCUGCAAAGAAAUACCAUUUAAACUGAUAUCAUGUCAUAAUGCUGGCAUCUAUGAGUGUUCGGCCAGUUUUGUGUGUUAAUAAUGGUUCAAGAAAAUGUAUUUUAUAUUCUGUAAAAGAACUUACUGCUCAGUCUCAAGGGCUAGAUGGUUUAAAUUUGCAGUGUUCCCCCAAAACCCCUGCACUUGAAAGUAUAUGCAGAAGCAGUUGGUUCAUUUUCUAAAAUCGUUUUCUUAUACAACCUCUACAUAACCUGAUUAAAGACAUUGUUUACAUGAAGUUUUCUGUUACGAGAUAUUUAACAGUUAUGUCUCCAGUGUCAGUGUUUUAUAGUCAGUGAUAAAGCUGUACUUAAAUUUUGAAAAGUCUUCAGGACAGACAGCUAGGUGCAUUUUUCAUCUUACUAACUUCAAAACCAAACAAAAAGAGG